CAAUACAGCCAAUAGGAAACACUGCGCUGUGGAAUACAAUUUAUUUUCAGUUAACAUCUGGGAAACAUUGGAACAGAAAUGGCGAUCAUUCGAAAAAUACUUGCUUUAAUUACUGCUAUGGUCAGUUUGUAUGUUUUUUGGAUGGCACAUGUACAGGAUGCUAAACAAUUUAAAACACUCCCCCCAAUACAAAACCACCAUCAAAUGAACAAUACUCCUAUUAUCCCAGCUUCGAGCAAACAAAAUACAAUAGCAGGAGCUAUUUCAAAACAUCAAAUGAACAAUACUCCUAUUAUCAAAAGCAAACAAAAUGCAAUGUCGGGGGGUGUUUCAAAACAGAUUCUUUGGUAUAAUGAUUUUUUUGGUGCACAACAUCCAUGUUUUGAGACCCCUUCAUUAUGUUUAAAAUUAUGUCCCGAGUAUAAAUGCACUCUAACAAGCAACAAAGCUUUGUACAAUGAAAGUGAUGCAGUUAUAUUCCAUCUAGUUGGCCUUGGGAACACCCCACCUGUAAAACAUCCGCAUCAAGCUUGGAUAUUUUUCUUGAUGGAAUCACCAUCAAAUUAUCCACACAUACCAAGUAAUUAUAACAACAAAUUUAAUUGGACAGCAACUUUUAUGAGAGUAAGUGACGUCCAUGUGCCGUAUUCUGUAACUAAAAAAUUGCCAGAAAUAAAUCAAACUGCUUUGAAGAACAUAGACUUUUAUGCAGGCAAAGAAAAGAAGAUAAUAUGGGCUGUUAGUAACUGUCAUACAAUAGGAGGUAGAGAGAAAGUAGUAGAAGCACUAAAGAAACUAGGAUGGCAGGUUGAUAUAUAUGGUGGUUGUGGGUCCAAGAAAUGUCCACGUGGAAGCGAGUGUGAAAAAAACAUUGGAAAAAACUACAUGUUUUAUCUAGCAUUUGAGAACAGCCUAUGUGAGGAUUAUAUAACAGAAAAACCUGGAAAUGCCAUUAUUAGAUGGGAGAUUAUACCAAUAACUUAUGGUUAUGGAAAUUACACAGCACACCUUCCCCCGAAUUCAUUCAUAAACGUCAACUCAUUCAAAACUGUUAGUGAUCUGAGUAAACACCUCAAUAAGGUGGCAGAGUCAAGAGACCUGUAUAACAGUUAUUUUGAAUGGCGCAAAACACAUUCUUAUUUGCCAAGUAACUUUUAUUGGGCUUGUGAUAUUUGCAAAAAAUUACAUAACAAUCACCAGAAUUAUUAUAAAGACAUGGAAAAGUGGUGGUCUAAAGAUCGAUGUAUUUCGAUGCCUAUUUCACUCUGACAAGCCUUCUCUAUGGC